AUGCGUUCUCUUGGCCAGAACCCCACCGAGGCUGAACUACAGGAUAUGAUCAACGAGGUCGAUGCUGACGGCAACGGAACCAUCGAUUUCCCUGAGUUCCUGACCAUGAUGGCGCGAAAAAUGCGAGACACAGAUAGCGAGGAGGAAAUUAAGGAAGCUUUCAAGGUGUUCGAUAAGGAUGGAAACGGCUAUAUCAGCGCUGCCGAGCUGAGGCAUGUCAUGACAAAUCUCGGUGAGAAGCUGUCCGACAACGAGGUCGAUGAGAUGAUCCGCGAAGCUGACGUGGAUGGUGACGGACAAAUCAACUAUGAUGGUAUGUGUUCCUUCAACUCGUUGAAAUUAUGCACACUGAAGGCAUAA